GACACACGAAGAACAGAAAACAAGGAAAGAGGGAAGAGAGAGAGAGGGAGAGAGAGAGAGAGAGAUAGUGCUCGCCUGUCACACUACCCGGAAGAAGAAGUAGAAUGAUGACGAUGAGGGUACUUUGAUAUUUAAAAAACAAUAUCAUCUUCUUCGUCACUUCCCAGGGAUCUCUUCAGGACCCCAAUUGCGUGGAUUCAGAGAGCCUGGUGGUGUUGAUUCAAUCCGGAAUGGGAGUCCAUCAAAACCCUGUUACGUUUUGAUCCGGGAAGUUGAAACUUUGGUGUUUUUUUUAGGGUUCUUGAUUAACUUCUUGGUUUUUCCCUGGAUACCUAGAAUUGGGUUUUGAUCAAAACUCGUUCUUUCUUUUUCUUUGACCUGGGGUUUUAGGUCGCAGGGGUUUGGUUUUGUAGUUUUGGUCUAUUAAUUCCUUAAAUCUGUUUAUUCUCCGAGAACUAUAUUACAUUAAGAUCCAUGUGCUCGAAUUAUGUUGCUGCUUUAUAGGCUGUUUAAAGUUGUCCUUUGAAGUUAUCGUGUACUGCUCUAAUCACAUUAUUGAAAAUUAUAUGAUCACAUCAUUGAAUUUCCUCACAAUUCAAACCCUUCACCUUUUAUCCUCUUUUCAUAAUUGGGUUUUGGUUUGAAUUGUUUUUGUGUUCUUCAAAUCUGAUACUUGACUCCGGCUUCUUGGAUCUUUAUUAGGAGAAUUCUGAAUUCCAAUGGCUAACCCACCGCAACCUUCCCUUGGAUACUCUGGCUCUCUCACCCCCACACAGCCAGACGCCCCUACUCUUCGUCCUGAGAAAAAUUCAAUUCCUCCACCCUUUCCCUCACCUGUAGCAGCUAGAUUUCCUCCACCAAGAUUACAGCAAGAACAGAUUCCUUCCCCCUCAACUAGAACUCCAAAUUUGCUAUCACCAGUCAAUGGGGUUAAAACUGGCAGCCCUAUUCCUCAUUUGAGCACUCCCCCUGGCCCUCCUGUCUUUUCUUCACCACUACGGCCUGCUGCUGUGCCCUUCCGGACAUCACCUGCAACUCCUCAGCCUGUUGCUAUCUCUUCUAGUUCAUCUUUGCCCACAUCCUCACCUCCUUAUUAUUCAAAUGGGUCAGCUGAGUUGCAGCACCAAGUUUCUGAUGCUACAGAGGAGUCAUUGCAUCUUGAGAAAUCACCGUAUGUUUUAUUUUCAGCAGAUAAGGUAUUGAAGCGGAAAAAACAAGCAAAUGUUCCAAGUUUGGGGUUUGGAGCAUUGGUUUCUCCUGGGAGGGAGAUUUCACCAGGUCCUCAAGUAAUACAGCGUGAUCCCCACCGCUGCCAAAACUGUGGAGCUUAUGCAAAUCUUUAUUGCAACAUCUUGCUUGGUUCAGGUCAGUGGCAGUGUGCAAUUUGUCGAAAUCUGAAUGGAAGUGGAGGUGAAUACGUGGCUACCAGCAAGGAAGAGCUCCUUAACUAUCCAGAACUCUCGUCUCCUAUGGUUGAUUAUGUUCAAACUGGGAACAAGAGACCUGGUUUUAUUCCAGUUGGUGAUUUGAGAAUUUCUGCACCCAUUGUUCUUGUGAUAGACGAGUGUUUAGAUGAAGCACACCUCCAGCAUUUGCAGAGUUCCUUGCAUGCAUUUGUUGAUUCACUAUCCCCAACCACAAGAAUUGGUAUUGUACUGUAUGGUCGCACUGUAUCAGUAUAUGAUUUUUCAGAGGAUUCAUUUGCAUCUGCUGAUGUGCUUCCUGGUGACAAAUCACCAACUCAGGAUUCUUUGAAAUCAUUGAUUUAUGGAACUGGCAUAUACCUGUCAGCAAUACAUGCUUCACUGCCUGUAAUACAUACCAUAUUCUCAUCAUUGAGGCCAUACAAAUUGAACCUUCCAGAAGCUUCUAGAGACCGGUGCCUGGGUACAGCUGUGGAGGUUGCUCUACGUAUCAUUCAAGGGCCAUCAGCUGAAAUAUCAAGAGGAAUAGUUAAAAGGUGGGGUAAUAGCAGAAUUAUUGUGUGUGCUGGUGGACCAAAUACUUAUGGCCCUGGAUCGGUCCCUCAUUCCCUGAGUCAUCCAAACUAUCCUCAUAUGGAGAAAUCAGCACUAAAGUGGAUGGAGCAUCUAGGUCAGGAGGCUCACAGACAAAAUACAGUGGUGGACAUUCUAUGUGCUGGAACAUGCCCAGUAAGAGUUCCCAUUUUGCAGCCUCUUGCAAAAGCUUCUGGGGGUGCUCUGGUUCUUCAUGAUGACUUUGGGGAGGCCUUUGGUGUGAACUUACAAAGGGCAUCUACUAGGGCUGCAGGUUCCCAUGGUUUGUUUGAGAUACGCUGCUCUGAUGAUAUUCUCAUAACUCAAGUUGUGGGUCCUGGUGAAGAGGCACACACUGAUGCUCAUGAAACUUUUAAAAAUGACACUUCUCUCUCUAUUCAAAUGCUAAGUGUUGAAGAAACACAAAGCUUUGCACUCUCCAUGGAAACUAAAGGAGACAUCAAGAGCGAUUACGUGUUUUUCCAGUUUGCAAUUCAAUAUUCAAACGUUUAUCAAGCCGAUAUUUCAAGGGUUAUUACUGUUAGGUUGCCAACUGUGGAUAGUGUUUCAGCAUAUCUAGGGAGUGUUCAAGAUGAUGUGGCUGCAGUUCUUAUUGCUAAGAGGACCCUCUUGCAAGCGAAAAACUAUUCUGAUGCUAUUGAUAUGCGAGCAACAAUAGAUGAAAGAGUUAAAGACAUCACUGUUAAAUUUGGAACCCAAUUACCAAAGUCAAAGCUUUAUCGGUUUCCCAAAGAGCUCUCUGUAUUGCCAGAGCACUUAUUCCAUCUUAGGAGGGGUCCACUUUUAGGAAGCAUUGUAGGUCACGAGGAUGAGAGGUCUGUAUUGCGAAAUUUGUUCUUGAAUGCAUCCUUUGAUCUGUCUCUUCGUAUGAUAGCACCUCGUUGUCUAAUGCACCGGGAAGGGGGCACUUUUGAGGAACUUCCUGCUUAUGAUCUUGCUAUGCAGUCUGAUGCUGCAGUUGUUCUUGAUCAUGGCACUGAUGUCUUCAUUUGGUUGGGUGCUGAACUUGCCGCUGAUGAAGGAAAAAGUGCUUCAGCCUUAGCAGCUUGCAGAACAUUGGCAGAAGAGCUCACUGAAUCCCGGUUUCCGGCUCCUCGGAUCCUUGCAUUCAAAGAGGGAAGUUCUCAGGCUCGAUACUUUGUUUCUCGCCUAAUACCAGCACACAAAGAUCCUCCUUACGAGCAGGAGGCAAGAUUCCCUCAACUUCGAACUUUGACAGCAGACCAGCGGGUUAAGCUGAAAAGCAGUUUUCUUCACUUUGAUGAUCCUAGCUUAUGCGAGUGGAUGCGUGGUUUGAAACUAGUGCCACCAGAACCAAGCUAAGCCUCUCAAUGAAUUGUUUUGUAGUUGAUGGUUCCUCCCAAAGGGGGAGCCUUGGGAGUAGUUCAUCCUGCUAGCCUCGGUGAAAAUCUGUGUCUCCUGUUCCUCCUUGCUUUACUUUUUUUUCCCAUGAUAAAUGAAAUACAACACAGACCAUGUUAGUUUGGGAAUGGUGAUCAGACGGAUAGAACCCCAAGUUUUUUGUUCUUUGUUACAUUCUAUUUUUUUUCCUCUCUUUUUUAUUUCAUUGGAAGGAGAAACAUUUAUACCCAAAAUGUAACUCUAGCUUGAAGUUAGUCCUUCGAAUUCUGUUUCUCAAUUUGAAAUGCCAUGGAACAAUAAAGAUCUUCCUUGAUUCAGAUAUUAUGG